GCCACACACCCAGCGGCGCAAGGAGAUGCUGGGGAGCCAGGGGACGGAGCAGACCUGGGGAUAGCUGUCAUCCUGAAUUUCUGAUGACCCCUUAUGUGACCCGUUGUGACACCUGCACCAGUUCCCAGAUGCAGCCCUAGCUGUGUGAUCAGCCACACUGCCAGCCCCAGAGCUUUCUAGAAGGCACUUGCCCCAGCCCUUAGCCUUCAGCCAAAUACCCGGCCAUCAAGGCCCUGAUGCGGCCAGACCCCCACAUCAAAUGGACGGUGACGGGAAUGGUGCUGGCGCAGUUACUGGCCUGCUGGCUGGUGCGGGGGCUCUCUUGGCGGUGGUUGUUCUUUUGGGCCUAUGCCUUCGGUGGCUGCGUCAACCACUCACUGACACUGGCCAUCCACGACAUCUCGCACAAUACUGCCUUUGGCACAAGCUGUUCCUACCGCAACCGUUGGUUUGGCAUCUUUGCCAAUCUGCCAAUUGGCUUACCCUAUGCCUCAUCCUUCAAGAAGUACCACGUGGACCACCACCGUUACCUGGGUGGCGACGGGCUGGACGUGGACAUUCCCACGAACUUUGAAGGCUGGUUCUUCUGCACUCCGGCCCGCAAAGUGCUCUGGCUGAUACUGCAACCCUUCAUCUACACUCUGCGGCCACUCUAUGUGCACCCCAAGGCGAUAACGCGGAUGGAGAUGCUCAACACCCUGGUGCAGAUGGCAGUUGACAUCACCAUCUUUGCCCUCUGGGGGGUAAAGCCCAUAGCCUACCUUAUGGCCAGCUCCUUUCUGGGCUUGGGCCUGCACCCUAUCUCUGGCCACUUCGUGGCCGAGCAUUACAUGUUCCUGAAGGGCCAUGAGACUUAUUCCUACUAUGGGCCCCUCAACUGGAUCACCUUCAAUGUGGGCUACCACAUGGAGCACCACGACUUCCCCAGCAUCCCCGGUUGCUAUCUGCCGCUGGUGCGGAAGAUUGCACCUGAGUACUACGACCACCUGCCGCAGUACUACUCCUGGGUGAAGGUGCUCUGGGACUUUGUAUUUGAGGACUCUCUGGGACCCUACUCCAGGGUUAAGCGCAAGUUUAAGCUGGCAAAGAACUGCCUGUGAGUCCUGCCGGCCAGCAGGGGCCAAGCACCAUGACUCCAUGCUGCUCCCGGUCCCAUGGGCACAGAACUGGUCUGUCUACAUCUCCUGUAGUCUGGAUUGCUUCUCAUCCUGUUGUGCCCAGCAACAGUGGAUACAGGCUAUGGUUGGAAUAACCAGGCUUACCUGUUCUUUCUGGAUCUUAGCUACGACUGAACAGGAUACUCUGCACCUCUGGUCCCGUGGAGCUAGCUUCUCUGUUCCUGUGUCCCAGAUUAAAUCUAGUAUUUGUCAUA